UGUCAAUCCGUGUUAUUUGUUACAUCCAACGAGCAGAAACGAAGGUUUAUUGCAAUCAACAUCCUCAUUGUCAAAAACAAGGAUGCAUCCUCCUAGCGCUUGCUAUCUAGGUGGACUCCGUAUGUACAAGAUUGUUCUUCUUGGAGAGGGCGGCGUGGGAAAAUCAGGUAAGUUUGUGCACGGGCUUACUUCCCGCUUGACUGAAGGAAUUCGCGAGCAAACACUUGUAAAAGGGAACAGUGUUGAUCGUUGAAACGAAAUCGCUUCCUGGAUGAGUUUGCCUAGUGGACUGAAUUUUAGUAUUGAUCUACAACUCCUGCUAAGUUUUUCUACGGGAGUUAUUUUAGUGAAGAACAAAAUCAGAAAGUGAAAAGCGAAAAGGUUAUUUGUUUGCUCUAACGCGCCUUUUAGCUCGGUUAAUUAUAAAAUAUUUGGAAUACCUCAAAGCUAUAACAUCUGUUUGUCUCGGGUAAACGUUGUCUGUUUUGCCAUCUCUCAUUCUAGUUAUGUUAUUUAGUGCGCUUGGAAUUUCAACUCAUUCGAUCUGACCACAUUUUUCUGCUCGCGCAAACAACUCGCUCUGGUGAAAUGUAUACUUUGCUGUGCUUAGUGAAACGAAACAAGUUAUCUCUUGCAUGUUAAAAUUGUUUUGUAGUUCGUUUCACAAACAUUCGCUUUUCAGUUCAAUUUUGAAUUACGCUAUUUCUCAACAAAUUAUUGCCGUAGGGAAAUUUAAUGGAACUGAGUAAAAUCUGCCUCAUCAUCGGAUGUUUUGAACGGAGUUGUCACUUUGACAGCGAAACAAUAUCAGCGCCUUUGUUUUGUGACCCGUAACGUAAUUGACUUCACAUCCCAAGAUAAACAACCAUAUCAUAGGUACUCUUUUAUUGCUUUAUUUUUCUGAAUCGAUUGUUUUUGAAUUAUGAAUUUUUUAAAUUCAUAAUUUUGUUUCCUAAUUACCGGAAAAUUGUAAACCAGAGACCGCUAAUGAUGCUGAAACUUCAACUUGCCUUCAUCGUGCGCGCGCUCCACUGUUUCGAUCGAAGUUGUUUUGAUACACGUUGUUUUGAUAGAAGUUACGAGAUCAGGUCGAUGUAGCGCGUGAACAGUAAACAAUGUUGAAUUUAGAUAGUUGCUCGGGCUGGGGGCAUUUAGAGCGAAUUAACGCCAGUAACUGUCUCAAAAUUUUUAUUUACUUUGUUGUCGAGACAGGUCCGAAUUGUGGAUGAAAUAGGCGCAUAUUUAUAGCUAGAAAUGAAAUCUCAUUUCUAUUUUUUUACCUUUCAAGUAAGAUGUACUAGUUCUUAAUGUGGGUGUUACUAAACUGUGGAUCAGCGGACCACAGAACCUCCGUAACCACUGGAACUCGCAGAACCCAUAAAGGAAUUAAAGAAAAACUAAAAAGACCCUAAUACUGUUGGAAAGUUUACUUUCGGGUGUAAGGAAGAAUAUUUUAAAAGAGAAAUAUGUCUUAAUUGUCCUCGAUAUUCAACUACAAUUGUUGUAGGGACAUUCACUGUACAAGAGUAUGUGUCACUUACCCUGAAUGUCAAUAACUGAACCAUAAUUUGGAAGUUUCAAUGGUUUGGGUACUGUGAUAUCCAAGUAAUGGAUCUUAAGGCUCUCAGCAAACCUUUAGGCUGGAUUUAGCAUCGUUUAAUUUCAUUUCAUUGUACAUAAUCCUGGAAUGAGGAAUAUCAGUGUAAAGGAACAUCAUUGCUUGUGACGCAUGUAGAAUUCCAGGGUGACCAGGGCCUCAGGAGGGAAUUUACUGAAUUUUGCAUGCAUUGGACUCAUUUAGUUGGUGUUACUCUCAGACAUAUCUUGGAAAGGGUUAAAUAACAGGAAAAGCAGAUGAACUAAAACCAAGCUAAAUUACCUUAAAUCAGCCCUAGAAAUUCAAAUGAUGCAAAAGAACAUCCAUUUGAAUAGGGUUAAUUUGUCCUUAUUCAAAACUAGUCCAGAUCUUUUAAAGGGUUAGAGCAUGACUGUUCAUUUCCAUGCAAAUCCUUAUAUUUCACUCAUGGUAUGAUGAAAACAUAUUUGCAUAUUCACAGAGGCCCACUGCAUGAGCUUGGGCUUUCAGUGGUUGGAUGUCAAGGUAGAUUUAAAAAAAAAAAAUUAGUUUUCUCUUAAAAUAUUAUCUUCUUUAUACCGAAACCAAAUUUUGAACAGUGUUAUGGUAGUUUUAGUUUUUCUUUUCUUUUAUUUACUUUCUAUUUUUUUUUAACAAAAAACUCAUGGCUCCACUGGUUCUGAACAAAUAAUUUGAUCUAUUCAGUUCUUGUUACUGAUAGUAUUUUUUUUUCAUCUUUUAUUCAGUAAGCUUUUGUUAAACAUAAUGUGGAAAUAAAAUUUUUUCUUUUUUUUUUUUGGCAGCUCUAACCAUGCAGUUUGUAUCCCACUGUUUUGUGGAUUAUCAUGAUCCUACUAUUGGUGAGUAAACAUUACUAGGUACUGAAGGUGGAAUUUCACUCGCAAGAGAGUAAGAGUGAGAGUCGUAAGAGCACUUCUGACCUGGCAAAAUUCUAAAAAUUGUAGUUGUAAGUAGAGUCAUGAGCUAAAUGGAACUGGACUCAGAAGAAUCAGAAUCCAAGGUUUAUGAUCCAGUGAAAACUAGAUUGUUGGAGUUGCAAACAGAAAGGGAAGAAUUAACCAAACAGAAUGUCAGUUCUCAUUCUCCGGCCCUUUCAGUAUAGUCUUCCACAUAGGACUGCGACAAUUCAGUUUUCAGUUUUGUCGAGGGCAUGGACAUUUUUCUUCCAAUGCUGUCAGCUAAAUUUUUUAUUAGUUUGUGUUGCUCUGUGUGUAUUAUUGAGACUUUCACUCCAACUGUGUGGUAAGUGCAAACCAGCCUUAAACCUUAAUGCACAGAAAAGGAAUAUCUGUUUUCCCCAAGCAAUAAUGAUUAUCCUGAAAGUGCUAGGCUUAAUCAAUUUGUUAAAAUUUGUUCAUUUGUUUUGAUUACUACCAAUCUAGAAGAUGCAUACCAACGUCAAGCUGUAAUUGAUGGAGAGUCUGGAUUGUUAGAUAUUUUAGACACUGCUGGACAGGUGGGUACAAACAAUGAAAACCAUGAUGUUGCCCAAAAGGAAAAAAAAAAGCUGAUAGCUGAAGGAAAAACAAAGCAUUAUGCUUUGUUUUUUAAUUUAAUUUAUAUAUUUAUUUUUUUUGAGAUUUCAUGCAAUGUUUGUUAAGAAGAUGAACAGUAUCUUUUUCAAAUGAAUAUAAGAAGACAUACUCUAUUGCAUCACUCUUAAGUAUAUGGGAUAUCUCAGAUGAAUGAAAAUUUAAUGACAAAGGGUCCUCAAAUUAAUUUUUUAAAAAUUUGGAGUUUGGAGUGUGGUGAUUUCCAUGAAAUUAUGUAAGUGUAAACCCAAAAGGGAAAAGUUAAUUCAUCUCUGAAAUUAGAAGGUCAUAAGAGAUAAGAGGCUCUUUUACUGAAUAGCAGCUGUAUAUUAAGCAUGAAAUAAUUUUUUUUACUGAACAGGCUACACUAGUACCAGUAGCAGAUUACAAAAUUGUUUUUGUUUAACUUAUAGCAAGAGUUCACUGCCAUGAGGGAGCAGUAUAUGCGCAGUGGUGAAGGAUUUGUCAUAAUAUAUUCCAUAACAGACAGACAAAGCUUUCUUGAAGCAGCCCAAGCAAAGACGCAAAUUGAGCGAGUUCGAAGAGGAGAUGGAACACCAAUGGUCCUGGUUGCAAACAAAAUGGACUUAGAGAGCAAAAGGGAGGUGACUACUGAAGAGGGCCAAGCAUUAGCCAGGGAGUUUGACUGUCCAUUCUUUGAAACAUCUGCAGCCCUGAGGCACUUUGUGGAUGAUGUUUUCCACACUUUAAUUCGACAGAUACGGAAAAGGGAAAGAUUGGGUAUGAAGCUAGCUCAAAAGAAAACGAAACGUCAUCAUAGGGCAAGCACAAUUGUUCAGAAUUUUUUCAGACGUCAGAAAAAAAGGGUGUAAGUGUAUCUGGACAUGAGGUUGGGAACAAAAAUGAUAUUGCGCUUCUGUUCAUAGAAAGUGAUAAUUUGUAUCAAGUAAGUCAAAAAUUCCUAAUUGUAAAUAGCAAAUUAGAUUUUUCUGUAUAUUGCGGUCUUUCCAGAGAUAUAGAUUUACAAAUUGUUUGAUGACAAACUAGUUCUGUAGGCGUAAACAUUGUAGAAAUUCUCAUGGAAUCUACCAGGCUUUCAAGAGCUCUGAGGGUUCAAAACAUUUAUAAAGCAUGUGUAUGAUAUGUUGAAAUCCUAUUCAACCAAUGGUUGGGAAUUUUUAAUACUUAAAAACUCAAGAGAUUCCAAUUUGACCUCUAAUAGUGAAAAAUUUAAAAAUGCUGAGGUUUGAAGGUAGAAUGUUAUCAUCAUGGAAUAAUGCAAGUUCACACCCAGAAAUUUUGUGAAAUAUUAAAAAAGGUCAUGUUUUAAACAUUUGUUUAAGAGAAAUCCUCAUCUUUUUUUUUUAUUUUUUGUUUUUGGAAUAAACAGAAACUGAUCACAAGUUGUGCAUAAUUGAAUCAGUUGAAAGAAAACAGAAUUUUUUUUCUCCUAAGGGAAACAUACAGUGUGAUAUAUUUUGUUACAUAUGUCACAUACACAAAACUGACCAAUCCUAUUGCAGAAAACAAGCAAUGAGUUCCAUCUAAAUCCUUAGACAUCUUUGCUUAAUUACUUAGAACUUUGCUGCAUUCAUUGGCUGUUUGAAGUAAUAACAUAACUGGUUAAUUUUGUUGAAGUGACGACAGUAACUGUAGUGGCUCUUUACAUAGCUGCUAAGUUUUAUCACUUUUUACUUGUAAAUAUCAGUUUACAUAUAAUCAUUGCAUGUUAAUUAUAAGAUUAAAUAGUAAGUUGGGUAAAUGUGUUGAGUUUGGAGUUUUUCAUACAAGCAGAAAUCAAGCAAAUGAGUAACACAAGGAUGGGCACCUUCUAAGACCAUGAAAGACUUUCAAAAAGUCAAAUGUAAAUCAAUAAUUUUGUUAAUUUUGUACAUCCCAUGAUAAAUUUAUUUUUAAGAUCCUGCCUGUUUUUAGAAACUAUUUGAAUGGGCCAGGGCUCUGACUGAAUAGUGAGGUUCCCCAUCAAACUCUCCACCCUCUGAUCUUGUGCAGUGAUAGAAAGAGUUCUAAAAAAAUUUUAAUUGCUGGAAUGUGCAAUGCUCUCUGCUUUGGUCUAGAAAUUCAGUCAUUCAUUUUUUUAUUGUUCUUAAGUUAGAGGAUAGGUGGUCCUUUGUGUGUGCUCCAUCAUACAAGUCAUUCGAAAUCAGUGGAAAUCACCCCACAUCUUGUUAAGUGUCAGAGCAAUGUGCACAGAAAGUGCAUGCAGGGGCCAACUCAAUGAGGCAAUUUUUCUUGACUCAUGAUGGACCACACUAAGAAGGAAGGAAUAUGCUUACUCUACUUUGAACAUGUGUAAUAAACUCAACCAAUCACCUCAUAAAAAAAAUAUAACAGGUCCUAGAGAAGAUUUCUCUCUUCUUAACCCAUUUAACCCUAAAGAUGACCAGCAACUAAUUUCUCCAUACAGUAAUACGGCCAAAUCAUUUAAGAAGAUCAUGAGAAAUGAGAAAACGAUCACCAAUGUAAGAAGCUUUGAUUAUUAGACAAAUUCUCCUAGUCAGUACCAAGGGAAAUCUAGAGAAGAGUAUGGAGAAUAUCGAUGUUGAUGUUAGGGUGUAAAGGGCUUAAUGAAAGAGAAAAAUAUUCUGAUUGAAUGAGGUGAUUAUUUAAAGCAGUAACAUCACAGUUACUUCCAAAAUGUAUUUAUGCAAGGCAAUGUAGUCAGCUUCACUUUCAUCUAAAGUAGGUGAAGAUUAUUUGUUAGAAAUGGAAAUGAAGAGUAU